CUAAUAUGAAAAAAUAAUUAUAUGGUAAAUUAUUUUUUAUUUCAGUUGUACGACAACUUUGCGUCUAUCUACAGACUUUCUCCUGCCGAUUUGCCAUUGGAAUUUAAACUGAAGAUGAAUUGCUACCUAAAACGAUUUGGAAAAAUUCCAUUAGGAAUAUCUAUUGGUGGUUUCUUCUAUGUGAAAGAAGAUUUCUUCAUCAAGGCAUACAACGCAUUGUAUUCCAUCUUUAAUACUUUAAUCGAUUUGAGUGGUGUAAUGGAAAAGGAAAUCAAAUGUACUUCGCCUGCACUUAACAUUACAACUGGAAAGAAUUCUUCAAUUAUUUAAAUCUUGAUGAAUACGAAUAAAUGAAACAACACGACUUCAAUAACAGACAUUCAGUCAUAAUUAUAUUCUUAUACAGUAGAGCGUCGAUUAUCCGAAAGAAUUUUAGUCGCCAAAUUUAAAUUUUCGCCAGCGCUGUGGCGCUGCAAUCUUUGGCUAUG